AUGCCAAUAACUGAGAGGGACUUGCGUAACAUAGUAGCAAAGGAGCGUAGAUUGAAAUUUAAGGACGGAGAUGCUAAUGCCAUGUUGAGUUAUUUUGACAGAAUGACAGAUGAUAACCAACAAUUCUUUCACAUGCAUCGUUUGGAUGAUGAAGGUCACAUGAAAGAUGUAUUGUGGGUUGAUGCGAGAAGUCGUGCAGCGUAUGAGUAUUUUGGGGACGUUGUAUGUUUUGACGUUACUUACCUUACUAAUGAUUAUGCACUUCCUUUUGCUAAUUUUGUGGGAGUAAAUCACCAUGGUCAAAGUAUAUUACUAGGAUGUGCUUUAGUAUCUCACGAAGAUGCGGAAACUUAUACUUGGGUCUUUAGUACUUGGGUGAAGUGUAUGGGUGGUAAAGCGCCUAAUUGUUUUCUUACCGAUCAAGAUGCUGCAAUGAGGAAGGCGUUGGUGAAUGUUAUGCCCGGCACUAGCCACCGUUGGUGUUUAUGGCACAUUCUUAUGAAGUUUGGUAAGAAGCUGGGUAAGUACGCGCUUUAUAAGGAGUUCAAAAGGGUACUUCUUGAUGCCAUAUAUGACAGUGUUUCAGCUGAAGAAUAUGAAGUUGAAUGGUGUGCUGCAAUAUCAAAAUACGGACUCGGGGAAGAUAAGUGGCUUGAAGGUUUGUAUAAAGAGAGGAUGAUGUGGGCUCUGGCAUAUAUGAAGCACAUGUUUUGGGCUGGUAUGAAGACGACGCAACGUUCAGAAAGUAUUAAUAGUUUUUUUGACGGUUAUGUGCAUAGGAAUACGAAGCUGUGUGAUUUUGCGGAACAAUACUGCAAUGCUAUGGAGAGUAUUUGCAUAUGA